AUGGCAUUGCUUCCGAGCUUUUUCGUGAUGCAAGCGACUUCCGGAGGCCCAUACCUGAGCGUACCUGAAGAUCUCCCGGCAAGUGUUCCAUCGGGUUUUCUAAAAUUCCAUGAAAAACAAAUCUGGAGUCCUCGUGCCAAGUUUGAAGCCGAGCAAGCCAAGACCGGGGAUGGCACACUAGUCAACAUAAGAUGUUGCUACAACAACAAGUACUUAACGGUUCAUAAAACCGACGAUGACGGCUACUGGGUCAUCGCGUCCGCAAACGAGCCACAGGAAGACCAAACAGACCCCUCAUGCACCUUGUUCCAACCUCAAACAGGAGAACAAGGUCGUGUGUGUUUAUUUAGUGUUGGGAUGUCCAAGUAUGCGACCGCCUCGACAGGCGGCGCAGAUGAUACGGACUGGGCAGACGGGCUCAAAAUUUCGGAUUCAGAGAAACUUGAUUUCAACAUCAUUGAUUGGGAAACACUAGUUGUGCUUCCAUCUCAAGUUUCGUUCAAAUACGAGGGCAAGUACCUUUGCUCUCGGGUGAUCGAAACGACACCGUAUCUUAGGUUCGAAUCUGGACUGGAAGCCGAAGAUCCGCUGGUGGUCCACCAGCUCUUCCCCACUUCUGACGGAAAUUAUCGCAUAAAGGACCUCAACUCCGGAAAGUUCUGGAGGGAAGGUCCUUCCAAGUGGAUACUGGAUGACGGCGUCGAAGCUGACAACGAGACUUCCACAUUCUCUUUCGUCAAAAUAACAGACGGAGUCUUUGCUGUCCGCAGUUUGGGCAGCAAAAACUUCUGCGGUACUGGAAAACCCGAAAGUUUAGAUGACGAUGAAGAAGAAGAAGAAGCAGCAGCUACAGAAACCGAUGACGGGGAAUUAGAAGGCUGUUUAAAUGCCUCGUAUCAACAGAUAACCAGAGAGACGAGGCUGAUCGUGGAAGAGCGCGUGGCAGAACGCGACAUCUUCGAAAUCACGUACCGCCUCUCGGAUGCCAGGAUUUAUAACAAAGAAGACAAACAAGUUGCCCAAGCUAUUGCGUCAAAUUACACAAACGAAAAAGACACAUUUACCCUCACGUUAUCGGCAUCCGGAUCAAAUAUCACCAAAUGGACUAACGACGCGUCAGUAGCGACUCCUCCCGGAGUCAAGGUAAACUUUAAGGUUACGGCUGUUCCGGUUAUCGCAACAAAUGAUUCGAUCGAAUUGUCAAAUCAAUAUAUACGCGAUACACAUGAAUGGGGAGUGGCUGAAACAACGGAGGUUCAGAAAGAAGUAACUUACGCUACUGUGGUGCCACCGUUUACGACAGUGAAGGUGACGCUGGGCUGUUCGAAGGCGGCUUGCGAUGUGCCGUUUUCGUACACCCAACGUGAUGUGCUUGUAAACGGAGAGGUCAUGACCACCGUCAAGGAUGAUGGGAUGUUUUUCGGCGUUAACCAUUACGGUUUUUAUGUUGUCAACAACCAAGUGUCCACGAAAGGUACGAUUGAUGAUCAAUCUGCCAACUAA